AUGUGUAUUACUACCAACACAAUUUAUUCAUUCAGUGUUCCUGAUCAAGACUCAAUUAAUAAUAUUGCAAUGGAACAUCAUUCGAUUGAUGACAUAUCAUCUCUAAUCGAUAAGUAUGGAUCAAUAAAAAAAACACUUUCCGAACAAGUUUAUCCAGUUUUUCGUAAAAGUCGUUUUGAUUCAGAUGAAAGAUAUUUUGAUUGGGCUAGUAAAACUAAUCGUCCUAUGGAAUAUCUACGAGGAAAACGUUUUUGGUUAUUCACAAAAAAAGAUGAACAAGGCAAUAAUCCUGAAAUAUUACCUAAUUCAGCUGCAUCAUCAAAUACAUUAAGUCAAGGUAUAUGGCGAUCAGGCAUCGUUGGACGACGUCGUUAG